CCUUCACAAACAUUGCGGGAGACAAGAGAACAGAAGUAAUUUCAUAGACGGGAAUAGAAUAUAAUAAUGACGGACAAUAAUAAUAUCGAGGCUUUUAUUGCAGAGCGGCUAGCGACUAUUAGUCUUGAAGAUGAGGCCAUUACAGAGUAUUUUGCAAGGAUUGUGGAAGAGGAAACAAUGGAAGAACCCGAAAAAGUAGAAGCUAUCACAGAGUUAUUGGCAGAUGCUACGGAACAACCCACACAAACCGUAAUUGAUGAAGUUUUUCAAUUUUGGAAUAAAAUGAAGGAAGCAGAAGCAAAGAAGGCUCAAGAAGAGAAGGAAAAAACACUCAAAGCAGCCAAAGAAAAAGAACGGGCUGCUCUCAAGGCAGAGUUUGAGAAUCCAAGUGGUCGUGAGGUUCUAUCGAUGUCCUCACGACAUGUUGUCAAGAACAUGACCAAAGAAGAACGCAAAAAACGUGAGGCUCUAUUAGCUCAAUAUGCAUACGAUCUGGAUGAAAUGGUGGAGGGUGAAGAUGGAGAGAUGGAAAUCCGUUAUAAAGAUCGAUCCGCUAGUAGUUCAGGGCCCAAAACCUCGUCCUCCGAUCCUUUACUUAUGGCCAAUACCAACGCUGACAUUGUGAAACAGAAGGAGGCUCAACGAAGGGCAGAGAUGAAGAAAGCGAGCGAGAAUGAAAAGGAAAGGAACAAAUUGGCUUUGGAGAAACAACGGCUGGCACAGGAAAAAGAAAGGCGACGGACACAAAAGCAAGAAAAGCGUAGGAUGUAAAAU